AUGCUCUGCCUCAAGCCCCUUUUCAUCCUCUUUGCCUUCAAUGUGGCCCUUGCCUGUUGCCUCCCAGCGCAAGCAGCGCCCCUCGACUCUCUCGCAGCUCGCGCACCCGAACGUGCUGCGGACGAGUUGAGCAAGUUGCUGGAGAUCGCUACGGAUGGCAAGCUCGUGCCCUUCAAGCUCUACUAUCAAGGCCAAAUCGACGUUGGGUGAGUGGAUGGCGCGGGGAGGGGGCAGCAGCAAAGCAGGUUUGCGACCCUCGAGCGCACCCGCGGGCGGGCGGUCCCAUCAGAAGCUGACUCGCUCAAGGCUCUCUUUUCCCCCUUUGUGCGCAUCAUUCACAUUUGGCUUACCUUACGCCAGCGAGCCAUUCACAAACAGCACGCAGUUCCACGACCUCUGGAACUCCAUCAACAACAUCACCCUUUGGAUGGAUGAGAAGCCAGGAUUCAAAGUGCUUGGCGCACGCGCCUUGCAGGUCCUCGGACACGCUCACAUACAAAAUUAUCACUUUUUCGCUACGGACCUGAUCAAGGAUGAAGUGUACAUCAAGGUUCGCGCUGCCCUGCACGAUCUCGGUCUGUUUCAGGAGGUGUCCAAGCUGCUGAGCGUCUGGCAAGCCGUCGUUGGCGAACUGAUACCCUCAGUGUGAGUCGCUUGGGGGAGAGGGGCGGACGGGGGUGUGACAGCAUGCCUCAUCGUACCUGCUCUUUCGUGCUCUUGCAGUCCUACCGAAGACCCAGCUAGCAAGGAUUGGGUAAGCAAGCUGAAUGGCAUCGUCGCAGAUCUGCAGACUGUCGUAGACAAAUAUGAUCCGACGUGAGUCGCUUCGUGUAGUUUGUUCCGAGUGCCUCCCCCCUAGACUGAGUGCGGCACCUCCUGCCUCUUUUCCUUUUCAGCAAAACUCUCCCUCCCCUCGUCAGCGGAGGAACGUGGUGA